CGGACUCGUCGUGUUUGGCAAUGUCGGACAAGAUGCUCGUGCCGCCGCCGCGGUGCGUCAGUCGCACGGAAGUGACGCUUGUGAUGGAGAUUCCCAAAAUGGAACCUGGAUAUGAAUACCAGCUCCAGUACAAGGAACCGCAUGAUGACUGGGCAUCCGCCACGGUUCUUCCUGCGACGUCGACCCAGGCGAUGCUCGACGAACUGAAUCCGUCAUGCUCGUACCACAUUCGUGUCAUGGCGAAGGCAAGCAAUGCUUCCAGCAGCGAAAGGAUCUACAGCGAAGAGGUCGCUGUCGACACGGAAGUUCCAGGAUGCACGCCGACCCCCACCUGCUGCUCUUCGUGUACAAUUCAAUAAGGUUUGUUACAUCAACGCCUUUGGUUCCUCUCAUGCAAACCACGGCAAGAGUCGGUCGCCUCCUCGGGUUGCGAAUGUACACAGCGAGACUCCGCUUUCUUGAAUCACCUGUCUCGU